AACCAAAUCCUUCAGAACUUUUCUUUUCCUUGGAUCUAUUUUACGAUGGUUGAUAACAUACGACGAAGUUUUCAAAAUAUCAACCUUGGCGUUAAUGACCCACCGUUGGCUCUUCCGGAAACGGUGGUGAACGAAGCGGUAGCCGAAAACCGUUUCAUCUUGAUUGGGAGGCCGGUCAUGCCGCGUCACCAAAACAUACGAUAUAUCAUUGCAACGCUUCCUCGUAAUUGGGGGCAUGAAGGUGUUCAUGGGAGAAUGGUUGAAGGAAGGCGAUUCCAGUUCAUUUUUCCAUCGGAGACUGCUCUUGAGAUGGUAUUACGCCGAGGUCCUUGGGCUUUUGCAGACAGAAUGUUGAUUCUCGAAAGAUGGACUCCAUCUUUUAAUCCGUUGAUGUUGAAUUUCAUUCCAUUUUGGAUUCAAAUCCGUGGAAUUCCAUAUCAAUUCAUGAGUCAGGAUGUGGUGAUGCACAUUGGGAGGGCACUUGGUAUGUAUAUGGAUGUUGACUACAAUGCAGAAGCGACGGCUCGUAGAGAUUAUGUAAGAGUACGUGUCAAUUGGAAUGUUGAUGAGCCUCUUCGUUUCCAGAGGCAUUUUCAAUUCACACCGGGAACUAACACCCUUCUGCGUCUCACAUUUGAGAGGCUCAUGGGCUUUUGUGAUGUUUGUGGUAUGCUCACCCACGACUCGGUGCCUGUCUCAUCUAGAACGGGGGACCUGAUAAUGGAGAGGAUCAGGAUUCUUCAGAUGAUGAUGAUAAUGAAGGAGGAAGCAACCAUGCCCCAGGAGUAAUCAUUGAGGAGAUCCAGGAAGAUGAGCCACAAAACCAGGAUGCUGAGAUUGGUGACCCAAUUCAAGAAGUGUAUGAGCGGCAGAUUGCAGAGCAAGAGACUGAAGCUGGCAAUGAUGAACUCUGGAGUGGCGAUGCUACGCCAACUUUGGUCUCUGAGAAUUUUACCAUGACUGAAAUGUAUAAUCCGAUGGGACCUUUUGGAGAAAGAAGGAACUAAGAAGCAAGCAGCAAAUGACAAUGUGAGGAAACUCAACACCUUUGAGUAUGGUGAAACUAGUGAGCGAAGGAGUGCAAAGAAGAAUAAGUCUGAGCAUCAAGACGCUUUGGAAGCUGAGGAAAACAUUGAGGAAGAUGGAACGGAAGGUAAUAACACCAAUUUGGGAGGCGCGGUGGGCCCUGAACCACCACUUCCACCAUGAAUACAAUCAGUUGGAACUGUCGAGGUCUGGACAUUGACUCGACAGUUCGACGCCUUAAAGAGAUAUGCAGAAAAUAUCUCCCGGACGUGCUUUGCCUGUCUGAAACAAAACAACAAGAUGAUUAUGUUCGAGAUGUAGGAGCUCAGCUGGGGUUUCUUCAUAGUGUUAGUGUGCCUCCGGUUGGAAUAGGUGGAGGCUUAGUUAUUUUCUACAAGCAGUUUGUACAGCUUAGUGUUUUAUCUCAAUCUCCUAAUCUCAUCGAUUGUAAAGUUUCUAUCAAUGAAAUGUCUUUCUAUUAUUCAUUUCUAUAUGGUCACCCUAAUCAGUCUUUAAGGCACCAUAUCUGGGAAUCUUUGGAACGGAUAGGCAUCACUCGUAGAAGACAACCUUGGUUCAUCUAUGGGGAUUUUAAUGAGAUGCUGGGAAAUAAUGAGAAGAUUGGAGGUAGAGUACGUGCAGAAGCAUCUUUCCAAGAGUUCAGAACGAUGAUCCGCACUUGUGAUUUCAUGGAUAUUCCUUCUGUUGGGAAUCGUUUCUCAUGGGCAGGAUAACGUGGAACUCAUCUAGUUCAAUGCUGUCUGGAUCGUGCUAUGGAAAAUAAGAAGUGUUUUGAUCUCUUUCCGGCGGCUUUGACUGAGUUUCUGGAAAUGGGUGAAUCUGAUCACAGACCACUAGUGACACAUCUACUUGUUGAUAGAGAUAUGCCUAGAAGAUUCUUCAAAAUUGAUGAGCGGUGUAUGAAUAAAGAAGGUUUCAAAGAUACAGUCUGUAGAGGUUGGAGAGGCUCGGGACAAUCUCAAUUACUACAAAUUCCCUUGGUGCAGAGGCUCAGCCGCUGUAGGCAACAUAUUUCGGUUUGGAAAAGAAAUAAUCGUAUGAAUGCAGAAGAAAAAAUCAUUAUACUAAGGAGACGACUAGAUAUGGCUAUGACAUCCCCAUCUUCAUCAACUCAAGAAUCAUUAAGGAGGAACUUAAUCAGGCUUAUCUGGAUGAGGAGAUUUUUUGGAAACAGAAAAGUAGAAUCAUGUGGUUGCUCUCUGGUGAUCGUAAUACUAGAUACUUUCAUGGUAUUACACAAGGAAAGAGGAAACGUAAUACGAUUACUGCUAUACAAGAUGAGACUGGAGUUGUACGGAGAGGGCAUAAAGACAGCUAUUGUGGCUGAGACGUAUUUCCAAAAGCUCUUUACAUCAGAGCAAGUUGAUCAGAGCCAUCAGAGUAGAUAUGAUGAUGUUUUCCAAGGUUUUCAGAAGAGAGUUACUCAAGCUAUGAACCAGGAUCUUACCCGUGAAAUAACAGAGGAAGAAGUGCACACUUCUCUGUUUCAAAUGAAACCAAGUAAAGCCCCUGGUCCUGAUGGAUUUACUGCAGCUUUCUAUCAAUAAUUUUGGGAAGAUAUUAAGGAGGAUCUUAUGCGGGAGAUAGUAGUAUUUUUCAACGAAGGAAGCAUGGAUGAUCAGCACAAUCAUACCAAUCUCUGUCUAAUUCCCAAGGUCUACCCGCCAACUGGUAUGUCAGAGUUCCGACCAAUUGCAUUAUGCAAUGUAUCAUAUAAGAUCUUCUCUAAGGUUUUGGUUAAUCGGCUUAAGAAUCAUCUAAGUUGUAUUAUCACCGAAAACCAGACUGUUUUUAUACCGGAAAGGGUGAUCUCAGGUAACAUUAUUGUCGCCAAUAAGAUUUUUCAUAGUUUAAAGGCACGCAAGAGGCAAUCAACUUCCUAUAUGGCGGUUAAGACAGACAUUACAAAAGCUUACGACAGGUUGGAGUGGAGUUUCUUAAGAGAAGCUAUGCAGCGUAUGGGGUUUGAUAACCGGUGGAUUCAUUGGGUGAUGACAUGUGUUUCCUCUGUCAGUUUUUCAAUCCUGGUAAAUGGUUCACCAGAGGGACACAUCAGACCAGAAAGGGGCAUCAGACAGGGCGAUCCUUUGUCGCCUUAUUUGUUUAUAUUAUGCGCAGAAGUUCUAUCUCGUAUGAUGACAAAGGCAAUGGAGGAUAGAUCAUUACUGGGAGUCAAGAUUGCAAACCAAGCUCCGCCAGUGAAUCAUUUGUUGUUUGCGGAUGAUUCUCUGUUUUUCUCACUGGCAAAUCCCAAAGCUGCUAGAAGUCUAAAGAAGAUCUUUAAACAGUAUGAAGAGAUUUCGGGGCAAGCAAUCAAUCUCAACAAAUCAUCAAUCAUUUUUGGGAAGAAUGUAAGAGCUAUUGCCAAGACAAACGUGAGGAGCAUACUGGGAAUCAAUAAUGAAGGAGGUCACGGAAAGUAUCUUGGUAUCCCGAAACAGUUUUCCAAUAAGAAGAGUGACAUGUUUACUUACAUAGUUGACAAAGUUAAAUCGGUGGUUCAAGGUUGGAAGCAGAGACAUUUAUCACCAGGUGGGAAAGAGGUUUUACUCAAAUCAAUUGCUCUCGCUAUGCCUAUCUUCUCAAUGAAUGUAUUUCGGCUACCAAAAGCAAUCUGUGAAGAAAUAAACAAUAUCUUGGCGAGUUUCUGGUGGGGUUCAGGUGAUAAAAAAGGUUUACAUUGGUAUGCUUGGAAACGGGUUUCAGUUCCAAAAAGAGAAUGAGGUUUGGGCUUCAGAGAUCUAGAGAAGUUCAAUCAGGCUUUGUUAGGAAAGCAAGUAUGGAGAAUUUUACAAAAUCCUACAUGUCUAAUGGCUCGUGUUCUAAAGGCUAGAUACUUUCCUGAUGAAGACAUACUCACUGCUACUUUAAAGAAGAAGGCAUCAUAUGCAUGGAAAUCGAUACUAUAUGGAAGAGAUUUGGUACGUCAAGGCUUGCACUAUAUUGUUGGAGAUGGCUCUUUAGUUAACAUGUGGUCUGAUCCGUGGCUACCUGUGCAUCCUCCCCGUCCUCCUCAAGCAAGGAUUCAGCAAACUCAUGACGUAAAGCUUAACACUUACUUCAAUGAGAACAAGACCGAUUGGGACUACCAAAGAAUAAGAGAAGUGGUAACUGAAGAAGAUUUCAAUAUCAUAGUAUCACUAAAAAUCAGUGGAAAGGCAAGACAAGAUUUAUUGGGAUGGCACUACAAUGAGAAUGGCUUGUAUUCGGUUAAGGCAGGCUAUUGGCUCAGCACUCAUUUACCUACUAAUCAGGUGAUACUACCGGUUUUUGGUGAUCCACAACUUAAACGAAAAAUUUGGAAACACAAGAUGCCUCCUAAAUUCAAGCACUUUGUCUGGAAACUGCUAUCAAGGUCAUUGGCGACAGGAGAUAAUCUUCAAAGACGACAUGUUACAGCCAUUAUGUAAGCGCUGCUGUCAGGACGUUGAAACUGAACUUCAUUUAUUCUUUCAAUGUCCUUAUGCAAAGAUGGUAUGGAGGGGAUCAGGAAUUUCUAACAUGAUUAUUAACUGUCAAACAGCGACCUUUGAGGAAAGGAUGGAAGCUUGUUUCUCAUGUUGUACACCGGGAAUGGCACAUCUACAAGAACUACCUUUCUGGAUAUUAUGGAGGUUAUGGAAGAGUAGAAACCACUUAAUUUUUCAACAGAAGCAGAUACAUUGGAAGAUAUUAAUUCAGUUAGCAAGGAGUGAUGCAAUGGAAUGGAAGGAUAAUACUUGGGAGAGCUCAGGAUUCAUCAGAUUGGGUAAUGUUUCUUCACACAGUAGAUCAGAUCAUAAGUUUUGGAGAAAACCACCGGAUGGAUGGAUAAAAUGCAAUGUCGAUGGAUCCUUCCUUAGGAAUACAGUUGAGAGUAAAGCUGGUUGGGUAUUGAGGAAUGAUAGAGGAGUGAAUAUGGGUGCAGUUCAAUGUGUUGGUAGAAAAGUUCAGAGUCCAUUGGAAAGUGAAAUGCAUGCAAUACUCAUGGCAAUUCAAUACUGUUGGGGCAAAGUAUACAAAAAGGUGAUCAUUGAAAGUGAUUGCAAAAAAGCUAUUGAUAUUCUACAGAACAGAGCGCUACAUUUCGAUCUAUAUAACUGGACAAGAGAGAUACACUGGUGGCAAUCAAAAAUGCAGGAGCUAAAAAUACAAUGGAUUCCUCGAAAAGCAAAUGGUGUAGCAGAUAAAUUGGCAAAGGAGCAUAAGCCUGACGCGCCACCUUUCGUUUUUCAUUCAUAUGUCCCAACUUGUGUUUCUUCUAUGCUACAUGUUGAUUAUGUAAACUUAAAGUUAAUUUAAUAAAGAAUGACGUUAUAA